UUGAGGCUGCAUUCACGAGAUGUACAGUUAUGUUGGUACUGUCGUAAUUUGGUUGAGAAGGGGUGAGCAGCCACUUUUUGCAACAUCCCAUGUUAGGAAUAUUUUGAUUUCAAGGGCCCUUGUAGGCUGUUUUUCUUUGUCCAGUUUUGUAUAUUGUGUUCAGAGGUUGCCUUUCUCUCAGGCUAUUGUAUUAAAUUUAACAACUCCUAUUAUGGCAUCAAUUAUAGCAAGGAUCUUUUUGCAUGAGAAGUUGAAAAUUGCAGACAUUUCAGGCCUUGCUUGCAGUUUCUUUGGUGUGCUCUUCAUUUUCCAUGAAAUGCUUGCUACGCAAGGACAGCUAGUUAAAGCUGAGGAGCAAAGAGAUGCAAAUUAUAAAGGAAGUCAUCUAUUUGCAGUAUUACUUGGUCUCGUUUCAUCAAUUACUGGCGGAGCCAGCUACUGCCUUAUAAGGGCUGGAGCAAAAGCUUCUGAUCAGCCACUGGUAACCGUCCUUACAUUUAGCAUGCUGGCUAGCCCGGUGAUGGCCAUAUGUACAUUUUUCUUUGAGGAUUUUGUGCUCCCAGGAUUUCAAUCAAUUAUACUCAUGCUUGUACUUAGUGUUCUUGCCUUCUUUGCCGAGGUAUUGUUAGCACGUGGACUGCAACUUGAGAGGAUUGGGAAAAUUGUCAAUCUCCUAUACUUGGAGGUGGAAUUAUCACAAUUGUGGAGGCUUGCUUUUUCAAGAGCGGCUCCAUCUUUCAGUCAGGUUAUUGGAUUGUUACUUGUUAUUGUUUCUGCAUGUUGUACUUUGUAUUUGGGACCUGAUAAAGAGUUGGAAUGAUAGAUUUAAAUCAGCUAUUUGUGUUAGGAUUUAGUUGCUGUCAUUUGUUGUAUUGGACUUGGAUCCUCUAAAUUUGAGGAUGGUAAACCUGAGUACAUUUUACUAUAUUCGGAAAGAUAAAAGAGAACCAAAAGAGCUUAUAUUUCCCCACCAAAAAAAAAAAAGAAAAAAGAAAAAAGAAAGAAUAGGGAAAAUUACUCA